AUGAGACGUAAAACAAUAGAAGAAAAUUUAGAAUUAACAACAUUAUUUCUUCUUAAUAUAAAUACUGCAAACAAUACAAAUGAUACACUUAUUUCAGAAAUUAGUGUAUCACCAUCAGUUAAAAGUGUUUUACAUGAAAUAUUUCAUACAUAUGAUCCUUUUUGUUGGCGUCGCGCAAAUGAUCUUCUAGCAUUUACAUGUCCUGAUGAUGCACCUGAACAAGAUGGUCUUAUUUGUUAUCCAUCAUGUCAUACUGGUUAUAAUGGUGUUGGUCCAGUAUGUUGGGAAAAAUGUGAAAAUAUAACAUCAAUUGGUUUUGCUUGUAUUGAUGUUAGUUUUUCAAAACGUUCAUGUCCAUGGUAUGAUAAAUGUGGUAUUAUUCGUCGAUCAUGUGUAUCAUGUCCUACAAGUUAUACCAAACUUGGUUGUUUUUGUGGACGAUUCUAUUUUCGAAAUAGUUAUAGUCGAGGUGUUGGUUCAUCAUUGAUAUGUUCAAAACGUUAUGAAAAAGUUGGACCCUUUUGUUUACGAAAUUGUCCAUUAACUCAUCCAUAUACUUGUGUAACUGGUUGUUCAAUAACAAAAGAAACUUGUCAACAACAAAUUAAAAAUAUGACUCAAUCAUUUAUUCGUACUUCAUCAGCAAUAUUUAAUAUUAUUAUGAGUUUAUCAUUAACUAAUACAAACAUAUUUGAUAUUAUUUCAAAUAUUAUAACUAAAAAUGAUUCGAUGCAAGUUGUACAAAGUUUAUUGAUUAUAGCUGAAAAAUUAGCAAAAAUAAUUUUACCAGAAUUAGCAAAAAAAUUUUUUCAUUGGUCAUUUAAUGAAAUUGAAUCAGCAACAAAAAAUGCAAGUUUAAUUAUAACAACAACAGCAAUGCAAGAUAAAAAUAUUUUAUCACCAUUUUUAAAAAUUUUUCAUCUUGAUUCAUUUAUUUCAACAUUUAAUCAUACACAUUGUGAAAUAUAG